GCCUCGCACCCGGCUUCUCUGAGCCAUUUGUUUUUAAAUAAUGGGGUUGCCCGUAUAUUUUCUCCUCUGAGGUCACGCCUGCAGGUUUUUUACGCCUCUGAGGACCACGUGCAUGCACCGUGCACGAAGGAGGCAGGCGUGAGGCCUACACCGGCUCUGUACACACCAAGAGCUGGGGCCUUAAUUGUUGCUUUUGCGAGCCUCGCCUCGCCUCGCUGAUGUUCAGAAACAGCAUCCCAGCCGGCUUUCCGCCUGCCCUGUCAAGAAGGAAGAUGAGCGAGUCGAGCUCGAAGUCCAGCCAGCCCCUGGCCGCCAAGCAGGAGAAGGACGGCACUGAGAAGCGCGGCCGAGGCAGGCCACGCAAGCAGCCACCAGUGAGUCCGAAGGAGCCCAGUGAAGUGCCAACGCCGAAGAGACCGAGGGGCCGACCAAAGGGGAGCAAAAACAAGGGUGCUGCCAAGAUCCGGAAAACCACCACAGCUCCUGGGAGGAAACCACGGGGCAGACCCAAAAAACUGGAGAAGGAGGAAGAGGAGGGCAUCUCGCAGGAGUCCUCCGAGGAGGAGCAGUGACCGCGCCCUCCUAGCAGAGA